AUGAAGGACAUCAAGAUCGAGCCCGCAAAGGGCAUUUCCUACUUUACCCCAGCACAACAAACCCCAGCAGGGACAGCAGCGAACCCGCAGACCAGUGGAAAGGCGAUACCCAAGCUCUUCCAGCCGAUUACCAUUCGAGGAUUAACAUUUCAAAAUCGUCUUGGGGUAUCCCCAAUGUGCCAGUAUUCCGCCCAGGAUGGCCACAUGACAGACUACCACCUCGCCCACCUGGGCGGUAUAGCCCAGCGAGGCCCAGGUCUUAUCAUGAUCGAGGCCACUGCUGUCCAACCGGAAGGUCGCAUCUCACCGCAGGAUGUCGGGCUAUGGAAAGACUCCCAAAUCGCACCGAUAGCCCGAGUCAUCGAGUUCGCGCAUAGUCAAGGCCAGAAAAUCGGCAUCCAGCUUGCGCACGCAGGUCGGAAAGCGAGUACUACUGCACCUUGGAUGAUGAACCAUGGCAAUGUGGCAACAGAAAAUGUCGGUGGAUGGCCCGAUAAUGUCAAAGGACCCAGUGAUGUACCCUUCAGCGAGACAUUUCCGAAACCGCAAGCUAUGAGCAAGGACGACAUCCGCGAAUUCAAGGAAGCGUGGGCUGCCGCCGCGAAACGGGCCCUUGUGGCCGGGGCGGAUUUCAUUGAAAUUCAUAAUGCGCAUGGAUAUCUGCUUGCCUCGUUUUUGACCCCUUACGCGAACAAGCGGACGGAUGAGUAUGGUGGUUCCUUAGAGAACCGGAUGCGAUUGCCGCUGGAGAUUGCCCAGUUGACUCGUGAUACGGUGGGUAAGCAUGUGCCUGUUUUCCUGCGUCUUUCGGCGUCGGAUUGGCUGGAUAGUGAUUUGGAAGAAACCUGGGGCUUGCAGGAUGCGGUGAAGUUUGCUGAAGCGUUGGUCGCUCAAGGAGCUAUCGAUCUGAUUGAUGUUUCUUCUGGCGGUCUACAUUCGAGUCAAAAAGUCAAAUCUGGGCCUGGGUUUCAGGCACCGUUUGGCAUUGCGGUUAAGAAGGCGGUCGGGGAAAGGAUGCUUGUUGCGACGGUUGGCCAUAUCAAGGAUGGAAGGCUGGCAAAUCGGUUGCUCGAAGAAGAAGGACUAGAUGUCAUUCUUGUGGGGCGUGGAUUUCAGAAAGAUCCUGGAUUGGUGUGGACCUUUGCGCAGCACCUUGAUGUUGAGAUUGCUAUGCCGGGCCAGAUUCGCUGGGGAUUCUCCAAACGGGGAGGAACGCCAUUUGUCGAUCCGUCGGUCUAUAAGUCCUCACUAUGA